UCAGAACAGCUUUUUAAAAGUAAGUCCGUGGGUAUAAUAUGUUUGGUGAUUUUAUUUCAAUGUGAAUAUUGUUUUAAUAACAAGGGUAAAACAGAACGUCACGAACAACAAUUUUGUCACCUUGAAUAUCAAUCUUGUUCUGGACUCUGGAUCGUCGUUCUAAAACUCAGUUUUCUCGAAUAAAGUGAAAAAAAACAAAAAUUUUUACUAAUUUGAAGACGAACGAUAUUUAAAUUAACUAAAAAUGCCGAAACCACCAGUACAAGUGGGGGAAGAUCCCGAUCCUACUCCCUACCUGUUCGUAUCUCUUGAGCAAAAGAGAAUUGAUCAAUCCAAGCCUUAUGAUGCUAAAAAAGCUUGCUGGGUACCUGAUGAAAAAGAAGGAUAUCUGCUUGGAGAAAUUAAAGCUACGAAAGGCGAUAUUGUCUCAGUUAUAUUGCCAGGGGGUGAGACGAAAGACUUUAAGAAAGAUCAACUACAACAAGUCAACCCACCCAAGUACGAAAAAGCUGAAGAUAUGUCCAAUUUAACAUAUCUUAACGAUGCUUCUGUUUUACACAAUUUAAAACAGCGUUAUUACCACAAACUUAUCUAUACGUAUUCUGGUCUUUUCUGUGUGGCAAUCAAUCCAUAUAAACGUUACCCUGUUUAUACGACACGAUGUGCAAAAUUAUAUCGUGGUAAACGACGAAGUGAAGUGCCUCCACACAUUUUCGCUAUUUCUGAUGGUGCUUAUGUAAAUAUGUUAACAAAUAGCGAAAAUCAAUCUAUGUUGAUUACUGGUGAAUCUGGAGCGGGUAAAACUGAAAAUACGAAAAAAGUAAUUGCUUACUUUGCAACUGUUGGUGCCUCUACUAAAAAACCUGAUGAGUCAGAGAAGAAAAAAGGUUCUUUAGAAGAUCAAGUCGUGCAAACUAACCCUGUUUUGGAAGCAUUUGGUAACGCAAAAACUGUCCGUAACGAUAAUUCAUCUCGUUUUGGUAAAUUUAUCCGAAUUCACUUUGGUCCCUCUGGAAAACUAGCUGGUGCUGAUAUAGAAACAUAUUUACUUGAAAAAGCUCGAGUAAUUUCUCAACAAACAUUAGAGCGAUCUUACCAUAUUUUCUACCAGAUGAUGUCAGGAUCUGUUAAGGGACUGAAAGAAAUGUGCUGUCUCUCGGAUAACAUCACUGACUACUACUUCGUAUCUCAGGGCAAAACGACCAUUCCUGGUGUUGAUGAUGGCGAGGAGUGUCAACUCACUGACCAAGCGUUUGACGUACUUGGAUUUACUCAACAAGAAAAAGAUGAUAUCUACAAAAUUACGGCUUCUGUCAUGCACAUGGGUGGAAUGAAAUUUAAACAGCGAGGACGUGAAGAGCAAGCUGAAGCUGAUGGUACAGAGGAAGGUGAACGUGUAGCGAAACUGCUUGGUGUCGACUGCCAAGAUAUGUACAAAAAUUUACUGAAGCCGAGAAUCAAAGUCGGAAAUGAAUUUGUCACUCAAGGUCGUAAUAAAGAUCAAGUUACUUAUUCAGUUGGUGCCAUGUCUAAAGCCAUGUUUGAUCGAUUAUUCAAGUGGCUAGUCAAGAAAUGUAACGAAACUUUGGACACUAAACAAAAACGUCAACAUUUUAUUGGUGUAUUGGAUAUUGCUGGAUUUGAAAUUUUUGAUUACAAUGGAUUUGAACAACUCUGCAUCAACUUUACAAAUGAAAAACUUCAACAAUUCUUUAAUCAUCACAUGUUUGUACUUGAACAAGAAGAAUAUAAGAAAGAAGGAAUCGUUUGGCAGUUUAUCGAUUUUGGAAUGGACUUGUUAGCCUGUAUUGAACUCAUUGAGAAGCCUAUGGGAAUUUUAUCAAUUCUUGAAGAAGAAUCUAUGUUCCCAAAAGCCACGGAUAAAACAUUUGAAGAAAAACUCAACAACAAUCACUUAGGAAAAAGUGGAAACUUCCUAAAACCAAAACCACCCAAGCCGGGACAACAAGCAGCUCAUUUUGCUAUUGGCCAUUACGCUGGAAAUGUUCCAUACAAUAUUACUGGGUGGUUAGAGAAGAACAAGGAUCCUUUGAACGAUACUGUGGUUGAUCAGUUCAAAAAAUCUAGCAAUAAAUUAUUAAUAGAAAUCUUUGCUGAUCACCCGGGUCAGUCUGGUGAUGGAGGAAAAGAUGCUAAGGGUGGUCGUGGUAAAAAAGGAGGUGGAUUUUCUACUGUCUCAUCAUCUUACAAAGAACAAUUGAAUAAUUUGAUGACAACUCUAAGAGCAACUCAACCUCAUUUUGUUCGGUGUAUCAUUCCUAAUGAAUUGAAACAACCAGGAGUAAUCGAUUCGCAUCUUGUCAUGCAUCAGUUGACUUGUAACGGUGUACUCGAAGGAAUCCGUAUUUGUCGUAAAGGAUUUCCAAAUCGAAUGAUGUAUCCGGAUUUCAAACUUCGGUACAAGAUAUUAGCCCCUCAAGCCGUUGACCAAGUAGCUGGAGAUCCAAAAAAGGCUGCUGCAGCGAUCUUGGAUGCUUCUGGACUUGAUGCCGAUCAAUAUCGUCUUGGACACACGAAGGUAUUCUUCCGUGCUGGAGUCUUAGGUCAAAUGGAAGAAUUGCGUGAUGAACGUCUUAGUAAGAUUGUUUCCUGGAUGCAAGCUUACAUGCGUGGUUAUUUGGCCCGUAAAGAUUUCAAGAAAUUACAAGAACAACGUCUGGCUCUUCAAGUUGUUCAGCGUAAUCUGCGAAGAUAUCUUAAACUUCGUACAUGGCCAUGGUGGAAAUUGUGGCAGAAAAUUAAGCCUAUGCUUAAUGCGACUCGAAUUGAAGAUGAGCUAGCGGAAUUACAAGAAAGAGCUCGUACUGCUCAAGAAAACUUCGAACGUGAAGAAAAGAUGCGCAAAGAACUUGAAGUCCUUAACGCUAAACUCCUUACCGAAAAAACUGAUCUUCUCCGACAACUCGAUGGUGAAAAAGGUUCUUUGACUGAAUAUCAAGAAAGAGCAAUAAAACUUGCAGCCCAGAAAAUGGACUUGGAAUCACAACUAUUGGAUGUAUCGGAAAGACUUCAACAGGAAGAAGACACACGGAAUAACUUAUUCCAAAACAAAAAAAAAUUAGACCAAGAAAUUUCAGGAUUAAAAAAAGAUAUUGAAGAUCUCGAAUUAGCCAUUCAAAAAUCUGAACAAGAUAAAGCUACUAAAGAUCAUCAAAUAAGAAAUUUAAAUGAUGAGAUAGCUCACCAAGAUGAGCUUAUUAACAAACUCAAUAAAGAAAAGAAGAAUCAAAGUGAAAUCAAUCAAAAAACCGCCGAAGAACUUCAAGCAGCUGAGGAUAAAGUUAACCACCUCAACAAGGUGAAAGUGAAACUUGAACACACUCUCGAUGAAUUGGAAGAUACUUUAGAACGUGAAAAAAAACUUCGCGCUGAUGUUGAGAAAGGUAAACGAAAAACCGAAGGUGAUUUGAAAUUAACACAAGAAGCUGUAGCUGAUCUCGAACGCAAUAAGAAGGAAUUGGAACAAACUAUUCAGCGUAAAGACAAAGAGUUGUCUUCUCUGACUGCGAAGCUUGAAGACGAGCAAUCUCUUGUUGGUAAACUUCAGAAACAAAUCAAAGAAUUGCAGGCACGUAUUGAAGAACUUGAAGAAGAAGUUGAAGCAGAACGACAAGCCCGAGCUAAAGCAGAGAAACAAAGAAGUGAUUUGGCACGUGAACUUGAAGAAUUGGGUGAACGCCUUGAAGAAGCUGGUGGUGCUACAUCCGCACAAAUAGAACUUAACAAGAAGAGAGAAGCAGAACUUAGUAAACUUCGAAGGGAUCUUGAAGAGGCUAACAUUCAACACGAAUCAUCUCUUGCUAGUCUUCGUAAAAAGCACAACGAUGCUGUUGCUGAGAUGGGCGAGCAAAUCGAUACUCUCAACAAAUUGAAAGCAAGGACCGAAAAAGAAAAAGUUCAGUACUUUACAGAACUGAAUGAUCUUCGCGCAUCAGUCGAUCACAUAAGUAAUGAAAAGGCUGCUCAAGAAAAAAUCGCGAAACAAUUACAACACCAAUUGAAUGAAGCGCAAGGUAAAUUAGAAGAACUUAAUCGUACUGUUAACGACUUUGAUGCCGCAAAGAAGAAACUAUCUAUCGAAAAUAGUGAUUUAUUGAGGCAACUUGAAGAAGCUGAAUCACAAGUUAGUCAAUUGUCUAAAAUAAAAAUAUCACUAACAACUCAACUCGAAGAUACAAAACGGCUUGCUGAUGAAGAAAGUCGUGAACGAGCUACUUUGCUUGGUAAAUUCCGUAAUCUCGAACAUGACUUGGAUAAUAUCCGAGAGCAAGUUGAAGAAGAAGCAGAAGGAAAGGCUGAUCUUCAAAGACAGUUAAGUAAAGCUAAUGCUGAGGCUCAACUCUGGCGAAGCAAAUAUGAAUCCGAAGGCGUUGCAAGAGCUGAAGAGCUUGAGGAAGCUAAACGAAAACUUCAAGCUCGAUUAGCUGAAGCUGAAGAAACUAUUGAAUCUCUGAACCAAAAGGUUAUUGCCCUAGAAAAAGUCAAACAGCGACUGGCUACUGAAGUUGAAGAUCUACAAAUCGAAGUUGAUCGUGCUACUGCGAUCGCCAAUGCGGCUGAGAAAAAACAAAAAGCUUUCGACAAGAUCAUCGGUGAAUGGAAACUUAAAGUUGAUGACUUAGCAGCAGAACUUGAUGCUAGUCAAAAAGAAUGUCGCAAUUACAGUACAGAGCUAUUCCGACUUAAAGGUGCGUAUGAGGAGAGCCAAGAACAAUUAGAAGCUGUUCGUCGGGAAAACAAAAAUCUCGCUGAUGAAGUCAAAGACUUACUUGAUCAAAUUGGUGAAGGAGGCCGAAACAUUCAUGAAGUUGAAAAGGCAAGAAAACGGUUAGAAGCCGAAAAAGAUGAAUUACAAGCAGCUUUAGAAGAAGCAGAAGCUGCUUUGGAACAAGAAGAAAACAAAGUUUUGCGUUCUCAAUUAGAGCUUAGUCAAGUAAGACAAGAGAUAGAUCGUCGCAUUCAAGAAAAAGAGGAAGAGUUUGAAAAUACAAGAAAGAAUCAUCAGCGUGCUUUGGAUUCGAUGCAAGCAUCUCUCGAAGCAGAAGCUAAGGGCAAGGCUGAAGCAUUGCGAAUGAAGAAGAAACUUGAAGCUGAUAUAAAUGAAUUAGAAAUUGCUUUAGACCAUGCCAACAAAGCAAAUGCCGAAGCACAGAAAAACAUAAAACGAUACCAACAGCAACUAAAAGAUGUUCAAACAGCUUUAGAAGAAGAACAGCGUGCCCGAGAUGAAGCUCGUGAACUUCUUGGAAUUUCAGAGCGGAGAGCUAAUGCACUUCAGAAUGAACUAGAAGAAAGUCGUACGCUUUUAGAACAAGCUGAUCGUGGUCGUCGUCAAGCAGAGCAAGAGCUAGCCGAUGCUCAUGAACAACUUAAUGAUCUCAGUGCCCAGAAUGCUUCAAUUUCUGCUGCCAAAAGGAAACUAGAAGCUGAACUCCAAACGCUUCACUCCGACUUAGAUGAACUUCUUAACGAAGCUAAGAACUCCGAAGAAAAAGCUAAGAAGGCAAUGGUAGACGCUGCUCGACUGGCAGAUGAGCUCAGAGCUGAACAAGAUCAUGCACAAACACAAGAAAAACUACGUAAAGCAUUAGAAGCUCAAAUUAAAGAAUUACAAGUAAGACUCGACGAAGCUGAAGCAAAUGCUCUGAAAGGUGGUAAGAAGGCUAUUCAAAAAUUAGAACAACGAGUACGAGAAUUAGAAAACGAAUUAGAUGGAGAACAAAGAAGACACGCUGACGCGCAAAAGAACUUGCGUAAAGCUGAACGUCGCAUCAAGGAACUAAGCUUCCAGGCUGAUGAAGAUAGGAAGAACCACGAACGCAUGCAGGAUCUAGUUGACAAGCUCCAACAAAAGAUUAAAACAUAUAAAAGACAAAUAGAAGAAGCAGAAGAAAUCGCAGCUCUUAACCUCGCCAAAUUCCGAAAAGCACAACAAGAGUUAGAAGAAGCUGAAGAACGAGCGGACCUUGCUGAGCAAGCCAUUACCAAAUUUCGUACUAAAGGACGUGGAGGAAGUGCAGCCCGAGGUUUAAGCCCAGCGCCCCAGAAAGGUCGUAAACCUACAACAGCUUUGGAGUAAUCUGCUGCCUUGGUUCAUCCAUUUAGGUCUGUUAUGAAACCUCAAAUUGAUGGAUCUGCCUUUCCACCUCGGUUUGAUCUUCAACCAGACGGUGAUUUUUAAGCGAAAUCCAUAAUGAAUUCACUAUUAAACGAUGGGAUAUCAAUUGUUCUAAGCGAUAUUCAAAAUAUUCCUUGAUAUUUAUGAAUUUAUGAUUAAGCACCCUAGAAAAAUAUUGUACGAGAUUAGAGCAACUUAUAGAUAUAAAAUGAAAUUUAAAAAUGAUUUUGUUAAAAUAAUAAAUAAUUCAACUAUAAAGUUAGGUGCACCAGUAAUAAUUCUUAUGAUUGAUUGACUCUGAAUCGUAUCUGAGAGUGCUUUCCUACAAUAACGCUUCAAUUUAUAAAUAAAAAAUGUAUUUAUUAAAAUAAAUAAGCAAAUCUGUGUA